UCUCGGCGAUGUGGGGGGGCUCCCGCGCCGUCUGGAAGAGGAGGUUCAGCUGCUAUGGUCCCUGGGAGACGGCGGAGAGCUGCGUGGUGCGCACCUCCGCCAGCGUCUACCGCCGGCUGCAGGAGAGCCCCCGCCAGCCCCCGGGGGGGAUGAGCGCCUGGGGUGCCCCCCCACCGCCACCCCUCUCCCCACGCAGCCCCCCGGCGAGCGGGCGGCUCCUCAAGUCAGAGUCGGAGGAUUCCGGGGUGGAAAUGGCCAGCAACGAGCACUCCCCUUCCACCCCGCUGGGCUCCGAGAGCAGCUUCUCCCUCGACGGCAUCCCACCGGAGAAGAAACCCCCCGGAGAGGAACCGGGUACCCCCAGGCCCCCCCGCAGCCGUUCGGCCAGCAAGAAGCUGGCGCAGGCAGCGCAGCGGAGCAGGAGGCAGCGGGGGGGGCCGGGGCGCUGCCUGCGACAGCUGGGUCACCGCAGUGCCAGCGCGGCCGAGCUGCGGGUGCCGCCGGCGAGGGACCCCCGGGAACCCGAGGAACCCGGCGCCGAGGACCCCGAGGGAGCGAUCUUGACACACCACACAUCCCCCCCAACUUGCCCGCAGGCUGUGGCGGAGGCGAUGGUGCCGGGGCAGGGGUUGCGGUACCUGGAGCACGUCUGCCAGAUGCUGGAGCGCCUGGCCCGGCUGCAGCAGGACAACCGGCUCCUCCGGCAGCAGGCGGCUGAUGCCCGGCGCACCCGCCCUGAGGCCACGCCCACCCGGGAGCCCCCGGCCGCGUGGAGGGGGGAGCGAUUCCGGCCGCGCUCUUGCUCGGACAGCCAGGCACCAGCCCUCGACCCCGGGCCGUGCCGGAGGACGUGGGGGUACUCAGCCAGCUCCCCCAGCCUGCUGGACCCCUCCGAAAACGGGGCGAGCGCCCCGACACCGGACAAGGACGGGCGCUCGCACUGGGGCCGGGUGAAGGUGCUGCUCACCCGCCUGACCCGCCGCUCGCUGCGGGGGGGACGCUGCAGGUAG